UAGAGUGGGUUUUAACUCCAAGAGCAGAGCUCUUUGCGACUCCGCUUCAAUGGCUGCUGUCAAGAAGAAGAAUCGCGGGAAGCCCCAGAACCCUAACCCUAAGAACCAAAGGAAGAAGAACCAGAAGCGUGAAGAGGAUGAGGAGGAGCUUGAGGUCGAGCCCAUGGACACUGCCACCGAUUCAGACAACGAUGUUGCGGAGGUUGAGGGGGGAUCUCCAUCCGAGGUUUCCAGUGAUGACGAUGAGCCACUUGGGGAUGAUUUCUUCGGCGCCAGCGAUGAUGAGAAUGAGGAGGGAUCGGGGUCGGAAGAUGACUUGGAGGCUAAAUCAAGGGCGAUUGAGGAGGCAAGGGCGAAGGAGGAGGAGGAUGCCGAAGCCGAAUUGAAGCUUAAUAUCAAGGAAGAAUCCGACGAGUUUCUGUUGCCCACCAAAGAGGAACUUGAACAAGAAGGUAAUCUCCCACCUAAUCUUCGGAGCCUCAACAAAAGGAUUAAUGAUAUUGUUCGCGUGCUCACCAAUUUCAAGACUUUGAGACAAGAGGGUGCUACAAGGAAAGAUUAUUUGUCGCAACUCAAGGCUGACCUGAUUUCAUACUAUGGUUACAAUGAGUUUCUCAUUGAAGCACUUAUGGAUUUAUUCCCUGCAUUGGAACUUGUGGAACUUUUGGAAGCUUUUGAAAAGAAACGGCCCAUAUGCUUAAGGACAAACACUUUAAAGACUCGUAGACGGGAUCUUGCUAAUGUUUUGAUAAAUAAAGGAGUGAACCUGGAUCCCAUAGGCAAGUGGUCAAAGGUUGGGCUAGUUGUGUAUGACUCGCAAGUUCCUAUUGGUGCAACUCCUGAAAUUAUGGCAGGCCAUUACAUGCUUCAGGGUGCAAGCUCCUUUUUACCUGUUAUGGCACUUGCUCCUCAGGAAAAAGAGCGUAUUGUGGAUAUGGCGGCUGCUCCAGGUGGUAAAACAACGUAUAUUGCAGCUCUUAUGAAGAAUACUGGAAUAAUAUAUGCAAAUGAGCUGAAAACUCACAGGCUUAACUCAUUAACAGCCAACAUACAUCGUUUGGGUGUGACAAAUACUAUAGUUUGCAACUACGAUGGGAAAGAGCUACCUAAGGUCUUGGGUUUAAAUUCAAUUGAUCGGGUGUUGUUGGAUGCCCCCUGCAGUGGGACUGGGGUAAUAUCUGAAGAUGCAUCUGUUAAAACUUCAAAGAGUAUUGAAGAUAUACAAAAUUGUGCUUUCCUCCAAAAGCAACUAAUUUUAGCGGCAAUUGACUUAGUUGAUGCCAAUUCAAAAUCAGGGGGGUACAUAGUUUACUCAACUUGCUCAAUAAUGGUUGCUGAGAAUGAAGCGGUCAUUGACUAUGCACUCAAGAAAAGAGAUGUACAACUUGUGCCAUGUGGGUUGGAUUUUGGCCGGCCUGGGUUCAUACGCUUCAGGGAGCACCGUUUCCAUCCCUCAUUGGAAAAGACUAGGCGUUUUUACCCACAUGUAAACAACAUGGAUGGUUUCUUUGUGGCCAAGUUGAAGAAGAUGAGCAAUUCCAAAAAAGCAACUGAACCACUAAAACCAUCAGAAAAGAUGGAACAAGCUGCUGGAACAGAUGAUGUCGAAGAUGUUCCAGAUGACAAAAAAACUGAAGAUGUUCCAACCAAAGAUACCACAAAAGCAAGCCAACCUACAUCUGGCUUGAGGAAGAAAAAGAAAUUCAAGGCGAAACAUCCCAAACCACAAAAAGAUGGAGCAGUAAAAGAAAAUGGAGUUUCCAAUAAGACAGAUAAUGGAACAGCCAGAGAGAAGAGGAAGAAAAGGAAGCCUCCACCUAGAGAGGAGAUCUCCCAAUUGAGAGAGAAGAAAAGGGAAGCUUUGAGGAAUAAGAAAGCAAAGAAACAAGGCACCUAAACAGAUAGAGAGUUUUCUGUGUGGAAGACAUUGCCUUGAGCUCUCAGGCUGAAGAAGAGCUGCUUGUCUUGUGAAGCUUUAUAUAGCUUUGAAGCAUGCAAGCUGUUUUUGACAAUGCAUUUAGUGAAAGUUUAUCAGAGCUAUAUAUCCACGUUCUUGAGCUUAUUAAGUGCUGAAGUAUUUCAAGAUGAUGUAUAAUUUUAUUGUUUUCAAUUUGCUAGCCUUUUUUUAAUUCCUCAUUAUUAAAUCACUGUGCUCAAUUGUAUUGUGAGAAAGCUUGUUUUGUAUGACAAUGUUUUUUUGACAAAUAGACCCCUGUAAAAUUUAUUUAAUUGCAUUUUUUUCUCUCUAAAACCUG